UCUGAUAUCUCUGCAUCAUACGCGACACGACGCUCGCUCGUCUAUAGAGAAUUACUCUAAUAAAGGGAGUUCCCACUAUCGCACUAUAGUGCUUCGGGGUAGCGCGCAUGCACCAGUUGGAGGGGCAAGAGCCACGCACGCAACACAGCCCGACCAGAGGGUGCCCAUCAUUUUAUCAGUGAGCGAAGCUAGGCGUUCGAAGCAGAUAGCCAAGAUGAGCAAGCGACUGGAGACCGUCGCCACGAUGACCUGCAUGAAAACCUUACUGAUGCUCUUCAACUUCAUCUUCUGGGCGUGCGGAGUGAUAAUACUGUGCGUCGGCAUAUGGAUGCGCAUCCAGUUGCGAAACUACGUGAACCUGAGCGCGGAGGGUAGCGGCGCGGCUCUCCUGGCACUCUCGAGCCUAGGCGCGGUGCUGGCACUCGCGGCGACGCUCGCGUGUUGCUGCACCGCGCGCGGCCACCCGGCUCUACUGUAUCUGUACGGUGCGUUCUUAGCCGUCGUGGCAUUGCUGGAGCUUGGUGCGGGCGCAUCGAUUUACGCUUAUCGUACGACUCUGAACGAAGGAUUCGAUCAAACUCUGAACGAAAGCAUGGCAGCCUACGGACAGGAUCGCUCCAAGAGCAACCAUAUCGACACUAUGCAGUCGACCUUGGAUUGUUGCGGUAAUCGCGGGUACGCUGAUUGGCUUCAUAUGCAUCCAGCACAGAAGAUUCCUAUGUCUUGCUGCAAAGUGCCUGAUAAAUGCGAUCCAACUAAGUUCGAUCAAAUCUAUACUGAGGGAUGUUAUAAUCGCGUGUUGGACUUAUUGAACGCCCACAUUGGUCUGGUAGCCAGCAUGGCGAUCGGCGCGGCCUUUUUCCCGCUGGUGGGCGUCUUCUUGUCUUGUUGCUUGGCCAGCAACAUCAACAAGGCUGAGUAUGAGCAGGUUGCUUAGGCUUGGUCCUCGCGCAAGCAGCAACGGCAGUCUUAUCAGAAAAGAAAACGUCGCUAGCGACAACCUGCAAAUAUAUACGAAUUUAACGGAAAAUAAUCGAGGCAGCCGGCCAUUUUGCCACUUGAAUUUUCAUUAAAGGCCUCAAUGGUGAAAUCUCGUAAAGCGCAUCAUGAUUAAAACGGACUUUACGAAUUAUAGAUUUGGGUCCCUCCCGCGUUGAUUCCUUCGAUCUUCACUUAAACAUUCGUGAUUAAUCAAAAUUUACACUCGUAUUUUAGUCCUUUCGAACAAAACUGGUUUAAGUUAAUAAUUUUUUUUUUUAUAUAUAUUUACUUGAUACUCGUUACAGAUUACAAUUCUUUGGUGCGCUUUGAUCUCAUAUGAGAAUAUGUUUGAAUGUAUUUUAAAUGACAUUUAAAGAUAAUACUAGUCUUGAUCUCACGGGAUCCGCGAUAUUUCGACAGAAUUGCGGAAAAUGUGAAAUUGCGAGCACAGCUCUCGUUUAAAAACUACUAAAAAAAAAAAAAGAAAUCCGAAGGUGAUGAAGAAGUAUAUUUCACAGUUCAUAAAAAAUUUUUGAAAAAUUAGUAAGCAUAGCUAUUUCGAUUACUAGAUGGAAUUGAAUAAUGACGACGUAUUUCCUUGCACAAAAGGGUCAAACCAUGUUGCAAAACGCGAAGGUACAACUGGCAAUCUUAUGAACCGUUAGUAACGUGAUUGCUACUACUUUCGGAAGAAGCGUUUAAUCGCGUCUACUAUUGUACACCGAACUGAACGAAACUCGAUCGCAAUAUCGGGUUUUAAAACUCUGCAAAAGUCAAACGAUCAAGCAUCACGGAAGUAGAAUGGCUAGAAAUAUACAACUGUAUCGAUAGUACGGUUUGUUAUUUCGAUCGAAUCGUAACAUGUAGGAUUCGCCGUAGAGCGACAAGUUUAUUUAACAAAUGCCUAUUUUUAUGGCGACAUGAUGAUAUAUGCAAAGAUAGAAUGUAUACUGCUAUAUUUUCAAGUGUCCUACGAAUCUCUCUUGGGACUUGUAAGUAACUUCUUCCACGCGAAUCUUAGUCUCUUCACGAGCCUUUGAAAUUCCUGAUCCUCCAUUCUUCUUAGAUCUUCCACGCAUCCUUCUGCGAUUCCCAAGUUCUUGCAUACGUAUUCAUAUUCCACGGGCUUUAACGAGCCAUGUACAUUCUGUGCAUGACUUUAUGUAACGUCUUGUCUUUAAAUACCUAAUCACACUUUACCGCGCAUUCUGUGUGAAAUGCGGCGGUAUUUCUUGUGUCACGUACGUUGGAAUCUAGAAUCUAUAUCGGAUAAACGAGAAACUUACAUAUAGACAACAAUAACAUUCUAGAGAAACAUACACAGUGAAAAUAAAACUCUGUUUCAAGUUAUUAUCGAGGAAAGCUAAUGAAGCAAAUUGUUAUCGCAUAACACACGGCAAAGCAAGAUAUUUGCAUGCAUUCGUUAACUUUGAUCUCAGAAUCAAUUUAAACUCGCGACUUUAGCAGUUCUUUGCAUUCAGUUUAAGUCUCUUCAUUCUUUACCACGUUUUCCUAGACUUCUUUCUACAAUGUUUCAUAGAUUUCUGUAUAGCCUAGAAUAUUUUCUACCAACUCGCGCUUCUCCCUUUGUUUAUCAGUCAUGUCGACAGCCGCCGAGACGCAACGCAUGUGCAACGUCUUUAUCGAACAAAACAAAAUGAAAGUUUACGUUUAUCUUGAGACCGCCGACGAUUGCGCGCACAAACGUGUGGAAUUUACUUCUUGUUUCGUGACGUAUCGUAAUUCAUCACGAUCGCUCGUCAUAUGUCGUAACAGCGGAAUUUAACCAGACUAAUCGGUACAUCGCGAGAUGUAACAAAAUUCUUACUGUAUAUACAUUUAAGUUCUUUUUCGAAAACAUACAUUUUUGAAAUAAUAUAUAAAUUAUCGCAAUAUACCGUUAAAUAUUCCAUUAUCGCCAUGUUUUCCCGUAUAAUCUUUAUCGAAGUUGAUAUUUGUAUAACACAGUUGCUCUGUUACACUGUGGCUCCAUAUUAUAUUACAUAUAAGUUUUGCAUGUAAGAUACAAAAAAUACCUUAUGGAAUAUAUUUAUUAUAUACAUAUAUAUAUAUAUAUAUAUAUAUAUAUAUAUAUAUAUAUAUACAAAUCUAUAUAUUCAUGUACAGAAUGAGACACUUAACUCGUUUGUUUCCGCGAAUUUUUCAAUUUAACAUCUUUCUAACAUCUUAAGAAGAAAUACUAGAGAUUUCUGACAAAAAGUGUUUAACUUUAAAAAAAUCAGAUAAUGAUAAGAACGGUUCUAUUUUGUUAUUUUGCAUCGUGGUAAUAACAAAGCGAUCUUUAUCAUAUAUAUCAUGUAUAAGGCUGAUGACCAUAAAAGUAUCUUUUGUGACGAUUAACAUUAGCACAAAUGCCAAAUAAAAAGGGGAUUAAACGAUGACGGACGAGUUAAGUGGUCGAUUUGGCGUUAUAAUAUUAUAAUAUUAUGAAAAAUAUUACAUUAAAACUCUAUUACAUUAUACUUCAUCGUGUUAUGUGGACUUAAUCCAUUGAUGGUAUGUAAAACAGAAGUCUAAUGGAAGUCUCAUUUACAGAUAUUCCCGAAAUUAUAAUAUUACUUAUCCCGCAAUAUCGUAAAUACUGUGCAAACCACCGUGUAUUAAAUCGAUAUUGAAUUAUUGAUGUCACGGCUUUAUGUACUGUCUA